AUGUCAACCAGGAAUAAAAAUCCAAUUCUAGUCAGAAUUUUACCACCUCAUAAUUUGAAAUUAAUUAAGUGCUUAAGAGUGCGAGACAAUAAAAAGAUUCAUCUCGACUAUGAACGUAAUUCUAUUCCACAAACUUUUAUUGCAUCAACUGCUUGUAGAGGUUUUUUUUAUUAUUUGACUGGUCGUAUUUCUAAAGCUGAAAAGAAUUUAUAA